AUGCAGGAAGCGAACGAGCCAAGAACCGCGCCGCUCCACGAUCCCCGCGGCCUGCUACUCUACGAUCUCCGCGGCCCGUUGCUCGGCGGACGGCGAACGACGGGUAAAAUCCCCCUGCGCCUCUCGGGGCGUCCCGGCGUAUCUUGGCUUCCCUGGGUGAAAUCCGAUUGCUCCAUGUCAGACAUCAUGCUUGACCAGUUCCGAGGGGCCCUUGACAACCAGCCGCUAGUUCAACAGCACCUGCACGAAGAGGCCAUCUAUUACGACCUGAACCUGUUGCCCGUGGGAGCGGCCCCUGAGCCUUACGCGACGGCUGUCGCCAAUACCAGUACUACUAGCCCCAACUGGCCGCAGGAUGACAUCGAAAACAUCUACACAGGGCUCCACAGGUGCGUCGACCAGGUCGUUGCGACAAUCUCGGUCCGCGGGUCACCGCGGCUGGACCAAAUCAAAGAACAAAAUCGGAAGGUUAUGGACAAGCUUAGGAGGUUGGAGAGCGCCAUCACAGGCAACACAGCCGCCGCCGCCUCUGAUGCUGUGUCGACACCAUGGUCCCCGCUGGUUCACGAUCCGGAUCGACCACGUACCAACCCGGAUAAGAGGCGGCGGGUGUCGCUUCCCAAAGGGCCAAAUCCCACCCCCAGGGCCACGUCCAACAGUGUCGGAGCCGAGACGGGACGCCCCAGUAUGACACAUAUUACACAACAGAAGACGCCAGGCGCAAAUAGCAACCCCCGCAUCCAGUCCCACGGCACCGGGACGCCGAGGCCUUUAUUCAGCGGACUGGACGGAGACUCCAAGCUGGCCAGGAAGCUGCAGCGGAUCGGGGCCGAGGAAGCCAGAGCGCAGGUGACCGAGUUUGCGGCCCAGCUAAGAGCGCCGGAGCGGCAGAAUGCACUGCCAACCAUUAGGCAGUUUUCCAACGUGUCACAGAUGGCGGAUGCGUCUCAUUUCCGACAGCUCGUGCAGGGGCUGGGGGUGGCCAUCGAAAGCAGCAUCUUCGGGGAGCAGAAUUCGCGAAUCAGAAAACGAAUCGCGCUCGCCCACUUUUACCACGCUUACGCGCUCGCGCAGGAAUACCCCACGCUGUUCCUGUCGUGGUGCGACGACCAACGGGUUCAGGCCGGCUCGAUGCUACCGAAGGGCGGGAGCAGGUCUGUCGUGCAACACCGCUUCGCCGAUCUCAUCUUCCCGCCGGAUGAAGGCCAGGAUGCUGCGUCAGAUGCAAAGAGAAAGACCCUAAAGAUACAGAUGUGGAGAAAGAGCGGCAAGAAAUGGGCCCAAAUGAUCGACCGCUUGGGUUAUGGCAUCCUCUUACUGCUACCUGCCAGUCUCUCGGACGAGGAGUGA